CUUUCACACACCAAAACGGUAAACAUCGGAUUGCUUCGAUGCAAAUCAUAAAACGCGGAUCGUCAGCUCGAACCAGUCGCACGGAGCAGCGUACGUCGCGGGUGUGCUGGGGUGUGAAUAAAUCGGGUUGCUUCUGAGUAACAAAUUGCCCAACGAUCGUGUGCGGUCUGUGCGGGUCCAACUGUUGUCGUCGUCGUGGUGUGUGCAAAACUGGUGGCGCGGUACGUGAAGGUGCGAUGGUCAGCCAGCCCUUGACCGUACAGCUGUCUGGGUUGGAUGUGUGCGGGAUGCUUUAGCUGCUUACAGACGGCGUCUCUACACGGCAAUCUCUAUGUGUCCGCUCUGUGAUCGAUAGUGGAGGUGCCCAGGCUCGCCCUUUGUAUCACCGAAUCUCACUGUGUUCGCGUUGUGUGUCCAAAACCCUCGCCAGACGGGUAUGUGUGUGUGUGUUUGUGUGUGCGGGAAGGGUAAAAAGUGUCGGUAAAUGGUGUGCAACAUUGCGGUCCAGUUUUUUUUGGGAGGUCAGCUUUGUUUAGCUUUCCUCCCUAACAAAGCUUGCUGACGAUGGUUUUUGCGUGUGUUCGUGUGUGAGGGAGAGAGCGAUAGAGCAGCAGUCUGGUCCGCUCGUCGUGAUGUAAGAUGCUGUGUGUCUGCUGCUGCGUAUGUCGACACUGCAAGUUUUAGCUUUAAAUGUUGCGCCCUGUUUUGACAUCUUUUAAAGUCUGCCUUUUAGUACGAUCGUGUAAUCUACCGUGUAAAGUGCUCUAGCAUAAUAAAUUACAAUUUGUUGCAGGUCCAGUUUGGUGUGGCAUAAAGAAGCGUGUUCGCGAAAUCGCCGAAACACCGAGAAGAUGAUGAUGAUGAUGAUGGUGUAGUUGAAAGAAUCGCGACAUGAAUGGGUCAAGCUGUGCCCUCCAGCAUUUGGUUGGCCGUUCUGUCCAGCCAAAGUGAUCAUUGUACGUGUGCGAGUGCGUGCCGAAGAGAGUGAGUGAAGUGAUUUUACACAGCAAGUGCUAGAACCGACCCAAUGUGAUGAUUUAAUUUGCCACAGUCCUCCCCGUACAACAACAAAGUUCCAACACAAAGUUCACGCUCGCCCGAAGGUCGUCCGCGCAAGGGUUUUGUUUUCCGUUGUUUUUGCUGUGCCUGUGUGCAACCAAACCGAUAGAGCGAGAUUGAUACUUCACACACCAACACACAGCGAAACUGAGCAGCACUCAGCAGGCACCGACAUCACACCAACACCACCAUCCUCGUAGUCCGUCCGAUCCGAAGGAUAACUCCUUCAAGGCUUUCCUUUACUUUUCACAGCACCUCCAAAAAAUGUCCGACCCGGACACGGUCUGGCUGGAGGAGCUGCUGAAGGAUGUCCAGCUGGAGCAGUUUCUGCCCCGCAUCCGGGACGAGCUGCAGGUAACGCGGCUCGCCCACUUCGACUACGUGCACGUUGACGAUCUCGAGAAGAUCGGGCUCGGCAAGCCGGGCAUCCGGCGGCUGCUGGAAGCGGUAAAGAAGCGCAAAGCGCAACAGUGGCGCCGCAACAUACUGUCCAAGCUGAUCGGGGGCGGCAAGCAGCAGCCACCGAAAAAGUCCACCGGCGGUGGGUCCGUCGGUGGCGCCGGUCAAAACGAGGAACCGUCCGCCCUGGCCCUAACCUGCCUCAUCCACGAGAAGGACGUAACGCUCUCGGUCAAGCUGGGCGACGGGUCGUUCGGGGUGGUACGGCGCGGCGAGUGGCACGCGCCCGGCAAUCAUCUGGUGCCGGUCGCGGUAAAGGUGCUGAAAGCGGACACGCUCGCCCAGCCCGGCGUGAUAGAGGACUUCUUCAAGGAGGUGCAGGCGAUGCACGCGAUGAACCACCCGAACCUGAUCCGGCUGCACGGUGUCGUGCUGUCGCAGCCGAUGAUGAUGGUGACCGAGCUGGCGGUGAACGGAUCGCUGCUCGAUUUGCUGCGCAAGCAGUGCAAGCAUACGCCCCUGCCGAUGAUCUGGAGCUGGUCGGUGCAGAUCGCGACCGGCAUGGCGUACCUGGAGAGCAAGCGCUUUCUGCACCGCGAUCUGGCCUGCCGGAAUGUGUUGCUGGCGGCGGGGAACAAGAUCAAGAUCGGCGACUUUGGGCUGAUGCGGGCGCUGCCCCAGCAGGAAGAUUGUUACGUGAUGACCGAACACAAGAAGGUACCGUUUCCGUGGUGCGCGCCGGAAUCGUUGCGCUACCGGCAGUUUAGCCACGCGUCCGACACGUGGAUGUUUGCGGUGACGCUGUGGGAGAUGUUCACGUUCGGGGAGGAUCCGUGGGUGGGUUUGAACGGGUCGCAGAUACUGCGCAAGAUUGACCGGGAGGGGGAGCGUUUACAUCACCCGGAUGCCUGCCCGCCCGAUGUGUACCAGCUGAUGCUGCAGUGCUGGGAUAAGACACCGUCCGAGCGGCCUACCUUUGCCGCGAUCAAAGAGUUUCUCACCGGCGUGCCGCCACCGAUCUAUCGAGCGGUAAGCAAUUACAGUGCAGAAAACCGGCUAGCAGCACAACAGGGCGACACGAUCGUGAUCGUCGACGAUCGGCCCGAGCUGCAGUUCAUCAAGGGACAGAAUCAGCGAACGUUCGAUAUUGGCACCAUUCCAAGGGGCGUUGUGGUCGAUGCUCGAAAGUCUUCUACAAGCUCGUCGGGUGGAUCGAGCGCCACGAUUAGCCGCCCGUUGCAUGAUUCAUUCCGGCACACGGGCCAUGGGUCACCGUUUGGUGCUUCCUGGGGCAAUCCGGCUACGCUCGAGAUGGAAGGAGAGGUUAAACUUCGAAAUAAAUCAAAGGACCUGGUAAGCGUCGACCGGCGCGGCAAAUGCAUCUCGGAGCAGUACGUGAAGGAGCGCAAAAGCAAUGCAUCGAAACAGUUCUCCUACAACAAGCUGGUGAACGAGAAUCACUCCAAGCAGCAGCACCUGCACCACCAAGCGCAGCUACAUCGGCCGCCACGGCCACCGCAACCCCAGCAGCCGGCCGCCACCGAAGGCAUACUGAUCGAUCUUUCGUCGCCGAACGACGAUGCAACGUUCGGCGGGAGUUCCGGUGCUUCCGGCGCUGCGCCCGGCACAGUUCGCCAGGUGGCCAGCAUACUGGACGAACCGAUCGACAUCCCGACGGAGGGAGACGAUCCAUUCGGUGCGCAGCAGCCGGCGCAACAGCAGCACGAACAGCAGCACCUUCAGCUGGCUACCGUCGCCAGCUUUGCAUCCGUGUCACCCGUCCCGUCCGUCGCAGCGAAGCUCGAGCCACCGCCCUACCAAAUGCCACCGAAGUACAGCAACACGUACGGGAUCGUGCACGACAGUACGCUGAAUCUUAGCAUCGCCACCGAACCGGAUCCUUUCGCACCGCAGCAAUCGCAACCUGCCCAGCAGCACUAUCAGAAGCAGGAAACGAUCGUAACGUCCGACUACGAGAGUGGUCCCUCCAGCUCGGUCAGUGCACGCGACUUGAUGGCUAGCAUUAAGCGGCAGCAAACUAUCGAGCAGGUGGCAGCACCACCGACCCAGCCCGUGUACGGCAAUUGGCGUGGAUCGGUAUCGAACAUCAACUCCAACUACGGCCGAGUGGGAACGGAUUUGGAUGGGCUAACGGCGGAUAUGCUCUCUUCUCUCAACAAUGGCCCCAGCGGCAGUGGACUUAGCUCGCCGGGCGGCAUCAGGGACGCGUACAACGAUUCGCUCGAGGUGAACGUCAGCGGGAACGGGCUUGCCUCCCCGUACGGUGGCUCAACGGCGCACGUGAACGUGACGCCGAAAAAGCUCGACAAAUCGUUCCUGGCCGAGCUGGAGAAGGACAUCUACAAGCAGGAACCGAGCGCAGGCAACAGCAUGAACAGUUCGGUCGCGUAUGCGGCACGCAACAGUGCGAAGGACGUGUCCCAUUCGAAGUACGACACCACGGCGAACCUGGCGAUGAGCCAGAUCUACGCCAACCAGGCCAAUUCGAUCGCGCUGGCGGCCUCCCUCCAGCAGCAGCUUACGCUAUCGCCAAAGAAACAGAACAUGGUGCAGCAGCCGGUCGCUUCCGACACCAACACGCUGGUGCAGCAGAUGUGGGCGGAAAGGAACAAUGUGGCGGCAGCAGCAGCAGCAGCACCGUUGCCCGACGGUGGCCAGCAGCCGGUAUCACCGCAAAAGUCGCACAAUUUCGUUGCGCUUUCGAACGGCGUACAGUCGGCGCAUCACCAUCAGUACGGCUCUACGAUGAGCCUGUCCGGUGCGAACAUCUACAGCUCCGUGUACAAUGGAAGCAUUGCGUCCUCCGAUGUGUACCAGACGGUUGGUGGCGAUCUGUACGAUGUGGUGGCACCUACCCCCGCCUCACUGUACGAGCGUGUGCCGGCGCAGCAAAUCUACAACAACGUGAUGGGCCAGCAGGGCUCGAUGAUGGCGAUCAACAUCACCGGCCCCAACGCUACCGCAAUCUACGACGAGGUGUCCAACGAGCAGCUGAGUGAGUUGCGACCGAUUCGCCCUGCCCCGUCGGCACCACUGUCCGCCCAGCAGAUCCAGCGGCGGUUGGAUCGAUUGGCGCAGCAGGAUCAACAGGUGGCCAGCCUGCUGCAGGAGCUCGGUGAUGAGGCGAACGAAGAGGAAGCGCGCAACUCACUGGCGGCCGUCAACUGGGAUCACACGCUGGCGGUGCGACACUUUAAAAUUGAACGGCUUUGCCGGCUUGGACUCGCUAAUCGUACCCGGUGUGAGGAGGCACUGCAGAAAACGGGCUGGAGCAUUCAGCUGGCCGCCUCGAUUCUGCUCGAAACCUAGUCCCGGGGGACGAUUUGCACGAGUGAUGGAGCUUUAUUUGAGCAGAUCGGGGCAAGAAAGAGCGAGGCUUGACACAAAAACACACAAACAAAAUACGAAUUACUUAGUUGUAGCUAGCUUUAGUGCGAAUGCGUCCUUUGAAGAGGAGGGGGGCAUAAGCGAGGAACGAUACAAACAAUGCGAAUCAAUUUAUGUUUCCCUCCCUUACUCUCGAAUUUCUCUCUCUGCGAAUACUGCGAAUAUUGCAGUGAAGUAUAGCGAAAUCUCAUGCUAUGUAACAAAAGUAUUAAAGGGAAGGUUUUGUCUUGCUUCAACAAUGCGACAAACCGAGCGCACAGGUGGUCGUUUUUCGUUUCGCCAUCUGCCUACUUGUACAUAUGUUGUACACUCUAUGUUAGAAGUUACACCCGCUGAUAGUUAAGGAUCCAAUUGGAAAAUUGUUAGCAAAGCCAGCUUCAGAAGCCCAGCACCAGCACUACUACGCUUUACAAAGCACACGAAACUGCAACCAAUGUCUUUGUCUCUCUCUCUCUCUGGAGGGGUGUUUGAAGUUGUUUUAGCUGGCAAUCUUGCGUACUAGCAACAGAAACGUUAAUUUUGUACUGUGCGCGACAGAAAGAGGAUAGAUGUUUUAUUAUUAUAAAUUAUAGCGUAAAUCCGUUCACUUCCAUCCAAGCUGUGUGUGUGUGUGCAGCAGUUGUCGAAUUUGAUAGGCAAUCGGUAUAAAUCUCGUCGUCAAUCUCAGAGCACUUCCUUCACUCCCAUACUGAGCUGUCUACGUGUGCCUAAGUUAAAACUAUCUGUUUAGAGAAAUGCGUCUCCAAGAACGGCUCGUAAGGGGAAUAUUAUACUUAUAUUUUACUAACCGUACGUCCAAAGCAAA